AUUAAAAUUCUACAGAAAGCAAAAGUAAAUAAUAACUUGUAUUCCAUUGUUAAAUUACUUUAUGUGGAUUUACUAGCGUGGACAGAAUCUCAAAUAGACAAUGAGGAAAAAAAUGUUGGAGCACCAAAAAACCAAGGAUUAACUUCGACGGUAUCAUAUUAUACAGCACCUCAUUUAAAUUCUGGACAUAGAAAAAGAAAACAUUCGUCCAAUGAUGUUCAAGCUUUAAGAGAAAUGCUUAGAAAAAAAAAUUGUGAAAUUGAUGUACAAAGUACUGAAAGAAAUAUCUAUCCUGCGUCUGCCAGUUAUCCUCCUAUUAGUAUGGUAUAUUAUCCAACGAAUUUAACAGAAUACUGCAAUCCUCAAGAAAAUAAUAUUAAUCAAAUCAACGGUUUAAAUCCUCCAAUAAGUAUGCAAGAGCAACAAAAUCAUUUAAGUACAUCUUCAUAUGGAGCUAAUUCAACAAUUGAGUAUCAAAACACAACGCAAACAAAUAUUUCACAAAGUUUAGUAAGUAAUUCAUUAAAUUUAGAAAGAAAUAGAUACGACGUUCAAGAUGUGUCUCGAAGUUCUAUUUCUAGAGAUAGCGGCUUUAUGAGUCCUGAUAUCAUAUUUUCUCCACAAGAAUCAACGAACACUAAUUAUCAAGACCCAUCUUAUUGGCAGACGCCCACGUCAACACAAAACACACCUAAAGCAAACAUAUUAAGUGACAGGAGGGUAGGUUCCUGCGAAGUAUGCGGAAAACAAACGGAUCUGCUAUGCUUGGGUUGUUUUAAAUAUUUCUAUUGCAGCUAUAAGUGUCAGAAUAUACAUUGGCUUACGCACAAAUUAAUGUGUCAAAACACUUACAGUCCAACAGUGUCGCUUCGAAAUUCAUUGUUUUAAGUUUAGAGUUUAUUAAAUUAUUUUCUCAUCGAAAAUAAGUCUUUUAAAGUACAGAUAAGAAGAUAAAAACGUUGAUUAUAACAGUUACAAUUACAA